UGCUUCCCAGCCCAUGUCUCUAAAAUAAUGGGAUUAUUUCGUUAUUUUUCCAAUUUUCCCCAGGAUUUUAUCCUUUUCACAGUGUUUUCCACCUGAAGUUUUAUUUAUUACCCAAAUCAGCAAUGGAAAGUUCAACUUUCAGUGAGAAAGUCGAGGCAUACUUUUCGGAGUUAGGGCGAUGGAAAGUAUGGCGAAGUAUACUGUUGGGUCAAGUGUUGUCAAUACUUAUGAGUGCGAAGUGUAUUCUGACGACGAUACUGCAGAGCGCGACCUGGCAGUUUCCUACGACGGCCCAGCUUGUUAUUCCUUAUUUAGCGCUUUUUGUUUUAUUCGCCCCUACAUUGCUAUGUAAUGGAGUCACAAAACUAUCCAAGAAAUGGUGUAUAGUGAUAAUCGCAUGCACACUGGAUGUGGAAGCGAGCUGGCUCCUGGUCCUCUCGCAGCGCUUCACGUCCGUCCUGAGCUGACAGCUGCUGGCGUGCUCGGGCGUGGGCGCAGCGCUGGUGGGCGGCGCGUGGCGCGGGCGGCGGCUCGGCGCGGCGCACGUGGCGGGCGCCACGCUCGGCCUCAUGGCUAUCGUGUGCGUGGUGUGGGCUGACGUGGAGGGAGCGCCUACUGAUGGUAAAAACCAACUUGUCGGCGACAUGCUCUGCCUCGCCGGCUCUCUCCUCUUCGCCCUGGUGACCGUUCUUCAAGAGAUGAUGCUCCAAGUCCAAUCCUGCCCCGAAUACUUGGCCCUCCUAGGCCUCAUUGGCAGCAUAGUGUCUUGCACACAAACUUUCUUCCUUGAACUCAGUGACCUGAUUACUUUCAACUGGUACGAGUUAGAAACACUCAUUCAGCUUGGCAGUUACUGCUCUGUGCAGACGAUAUUUCAAAUAUUACAGAGUUUCAUGUUGAGAGAUGCCGGAGCUAUCAUAUUGCAUCUGUCGUUUUUGUCAUCAGAUUAUUAUACUCUAAUUGCUGGGAUGUACAUCUUUCAGUUUAAGUUCCAUGCGUUAUAUUUCCUGUCAUACCUGUUGGCAAUGGUGGGCGUGUUCCUGUUCAGUUCCCGACGGACCACUCCGGGCGAGGCGGUACCGCUACCACAAGUGGUACACGAUGCCGUGCAGUCGCAGGAUAAUGUGUCUAUGGACUACACAGUGCCUAGCCUGGACUGCAUCCCCAUCGAGGGCCUGGAGCCGCCCAUGUCGCGCGACACCACCUUCACGUCCUUCCUCGGAGCCCCCAACGGACACACCCAGCCCUAUACUAACGGGAAGGACGUUUGCUAAACCACCAAGUGCAGCCCUACCAGCCCUUACAGUCCAAUGGAUAAUUGUAACUGCCUACCAAACCCUACAUUAAGACAAGCCCUAUCAGCUCUACGGAAGCCCUAACUGUCGAACGGUAGGCCGUAACAGAGGGCCUGCCGCGAAAAACGAAAAUCGAAUUUUCGACGAAAGAAAUUUCGUUUUUCGCGGUAAGGCUUCAGCUAAUGGAUAGCCCUACCUCUUGUUGACAAGCCUUACUAACUAAAAGACCAACGAAUGCACGUGAAUUAUGUCUCCCAAACCAGUACCAUUUUGUUUAAAUUUUACAAUUAUUAUUCACAACGAUGGGACUUAAUCGCGUAAAAUAUCAAAAUAUAAUAUCGAAAGUAGAAAAAUCGAAUAUUGUGAGUGUGUCGACCCGGUGACAUCCCUAGAGUGCGCAAAACGUUCGAAUUAAUAAACAAGACCAAGUGCGGGUAGUUCGAAAAACUCGCGCACCUAGAAUAUGUGGAUGUCAACUUUAGCCAGUCUUCUCCGAGACCACGGGGACAACGCCGUCCUCGAAACGUUGGAGGUAAAUUUAAAACUUAUUUUACGCGAUUAAGUCCCGUCGUUGUGAAUAAUAAUGAGUAAAAAUCUAGUAAAUUUUACAAUGUUGCAUGCAACGGACAGCUCUACUACAGCUGAACAAUGUGCAUUGUGCAUCAAUUAUGUAUAGUUGGUGUCAGUCAAAGUUGUCAAGGAUAUCAUAGGAAUAAAGCUGUGCGAUAUAUUUGGCUCUGACUGUCACUACUUGUGACGUUUUCAACUAAAAGGUACCAUAUUGUCGCUUGUCCAUACGGUUGAUUUCGAAUUGAAGCUAUAUGGAAAUAGCGCCUUAUUGACAACCGACAAUAAGUACCCUUUUGGUUGAGUUCAAAUAGAAAGGUUUUCUGUUAAAAUACUAAAACAUUCAAGCGGCUUUCCACGACGAUACGUAUUAGGGCUCCUUUAUAACUCUCUACUCUAUAGUAACGACAAACCUAAACCUUGUUACAUUGAAGUAAGGCCUAAUUUCAAAUGAUACAAAUUAUUUGAGACCCGGAUUUCUUACAUUUUGUACCUACAAAAUAAGGGCAAUUUUUUUUUUUCAUUUUGAUUGCUUUAUUAUAAAGCAUGACCAAUCAUAGUGAGUGCUCCGGUUUUGGCCAAGCAUUAGAACAUAUUGUAAUUUGUAGUUAUUAUCAUAAGAUUGAAAUUAGCCAAUAAAGAUACUUUGCCUAAACCGGAUCACUCACUUAAAACAGAACUUGUAUUUUUAUUUCUACAUUAGCGUGUAAGUAAAGAAUUUAUUUGUUGGAAACAAUAAAAUAUUGUUUGCAUUGUAUAUAUAUGUUCUACGAUGUACCUUUAUAAAGUUAUUGAAUGUGAUUUCAAACAAUUGAUUAAAUCGAUUAAAAAACACAGACGUAAACACCACCGCGCAAGUGAUCACGGAAGAAUGAAGUUUCUAUGAAACUAAAACUUUGUUGACGAUACUGACCAACUGUAGCCUGUCUUUGUUCAAUGGUCUCGCAUUGUCAUGUAUUAGAGCAGUGCAGAACCAGUUUUAGGUACUCAAAUUCACACGAAAACCUAUAGUUUGUCCCGGAGCAGGAGACCGGCUGACACGGAUUUAUUCGUCCCUGGCAGCAGCGGGAGAAUGGCAUAUAUGUGCACACUUGUCCAAAAUGGCGUCUGGCACACGAAGAGAUAAGAGAAUUAGAAAAUUAUUUAGUUGCUAGUUAAAAAUAUUUUACAUAGAAAAUAGACAUACGAAGUUUUAAUGCAAUAAUAUGAAUAUUUUAUUAAUAAAAACUGACAUAUGACAGCGUGUGUACUACUACAAAAUCAUGUGAAUUUUCAGACAAAUUGGUACCGUCAAUUUAUUCCUGUAUAACGCACGUUAUACAGAAUGCGUUGAUAUUGUGUAACUAUAAGUACAUACAGUAGAUUCGACAUUUUAAUAGCGCGCGGGGUAUUACACAGGUUUAAGUUUGUAUAAACUGGUAAAAAGUAGGUGUGACUGAAAUUUUCACGUAAUUUAGAACAGUACUCAUCGAAGUUAAUUAAUUAAUUUAAAGGUAACAAUAAAACCUCUCUCUUCUCUCCUUCGUAACAAUAAAACUUUGUCUACACAAUAAGAGGUAUCAAAUAUCCUGCUCAAUAAUUGUAAUUCAAAAAUGAUGAGAAUAAUAUUAACAUGUUCAGUGUACAAAAUCAUUCAACAAUUAACAGUGAUCAUUGUGAUAGUUGCCGUGCGUUAGCGUAAUUAUUUUAACACAUAUAUAACCACUUCAUUAUUACACGAUACACUAUAUUAUCACCAAUUCAUCACAUGUAUAAAUCUAAUAUCGUUACAGCAGAAUUAGUUCUAGUUAUUCUAUAUGGAAUUUUAAUAACAAAACUUCCGUGAGGCACAGACAUUAAAUAUAUUCGGUACGGAGUGAAACAUGUCGAGCGUUUUUCGACUUAAAAUACGUGAGUGACCCGUUAUUAAUAUAUUGAAUAUAUUCUAUAUGGAUAUUAAAAUAAUGUAAAGAAAUAAAAACCGGACAAGUGCGAGUCGGACUCGCCCACCGAGGGUUCCGUACUUUUUAGUAUUUGUUGUUGUAGCGGCAACAGAAAUACAUCAUCUGUGAAAAUUUCAACUGUCUAGCUAUCACUGAGAUACAGCCUGGUGACAGACAGACGGACAGCGGAGUCUUAGUAAUAGGGUCCCGUUUUUACCCUUUGGGUACGGAACUCUAAAAAUCACAUAACUCGUUCGGCCAAUGACAAAAUUCUAGUGCCUGACCGAAAUUUCGGUUUCACUAUAUGUACUUAAUUUUUUUAGCAUUAGAAAAAGGGUAAACAAACUUGAUGUGUCUUUUUUAAUUUUUAACAAACAGGAAGGGUCCCCUAGACCCAUAUAGUGGAAAGAUUUGCUGCUGACUAUAGAUGAGGUCUUGGUGGCUCAAUCGGCAGAGCGCUGCAGUAUCGAUCCAGAGGCCGUGAGUUCAAGUCUCACCCAAGGCAGAAAUGUUUCCACUUUAAAAUUUAUGUGUCUUUUUAUUGAAAAACGCGAUUACAUAAUAGUAACCAUUACAGACCGAAAGAAUGUAAAUAAUCAUAUAUUCUAUAUAAUUGUUACAUAUUAGCUGCAAUAAUCGAAUUUAACCUGUCGUGAGACAUACUAACAUCAAGCUAAUUUAACGGUUUAACUCACGUGUAAAAUUAGCUUAAUGUUUGCUGCAGCCUGGAAAUUAUUUUACAGUAACUACAGAUGGUGAUAGGUACUUUACCGCGCUAGUGCGAUAAUUUGCACAUUACGUAACUAUGUCGAAAACUUAGAGCCAUAUGUACUGUAAAACGUUGUACGAUACAUGUGCGAAUUUCCUAUUUCUCGCACUUUUAUCGUAAUGUACUAUUUCAUAAGUGUUUUCCAAUAAAAAGACACGUCAAGAUCGCUUACCUUUUGUCAAAUGCUAAAAACACGAAGUAUACAUAAUUAUGUAAACCUCAUUGCCCGAAUUACCAAGUCAAGUGUAUAAAGAGGCCCACCCAUUACCAGUUCGCCGGACGAUAUCAGCCUGUCAGUUAAAACAAAAAUUUGACAGUUCUGAACAACUGACGGUCGAUAUCGUCCGGCGGACUGGUAAUGGGUGGGCCCCUUUAUGCUUACAUUAUUCUAAAAUUCAUACAAAAUAGACUAUAGGUGAAAUAGUUUAUUUGCGAAGCUCAUUAUAAUACUAGCACCUCGGCUAGAGGUAUUCGGAGUUCCUUCUGUAGUAAUAUACUUUCGUUAUUUAUAGAUGUGUUUCUAUGUUUUAAACCUAAAUUAACGUGGGGAUAAAUAAGCGAUAUAUUAUUGUGAUUUAUAUAUUAGAAAGUUUAAUUUAGCUGUUAAAUACACAAAAUAUUUGUCUGUACAGUCAAAUGGCGUUAUCAUGAACCUUUGUCAAAUGUAACAAACCCUUGACAAUGUUUGUCCCUAUCCGUCAUUUUGGAGUCAAGAGGUUACUGAGUUUUAUGAAGAAAGGUAUAAUCCCUAGGCAAUUUAACUGCCUGUUUUCGCCUGUCUAGUUUGUAGAUUAUACAUAGAUAUUCCACAAGAAUAACAAAUGCGAUAUAUAUCUAUUACAAUGGUGUAGUACGGUAACUGCCCCAAUUUAACUACCUACGUCGCCAUACUAGGUGUAUAGAAAAGUGGAUACUACUUAUGUUAGGGCACCGACUGCACAUCCAAAGGCAUAAUUAUAUAUAUACAUGCCCAAAGUUUCAAAAAUAUGUGUACGCUCUAACACCUUUAACAAUACAGUCGUGUACACAUAUUUUUGAGCCAUUUGUCUGGAUCGAUAUUUUUGCCUUCGACUGUACUUACGUGUACUAAGGAUUGUAUAUUCUUAAGGCCCAAAGAAAGCCUGUUCUAAUAUAAACUAAUUGAAAUUUUCAAUCAAAGAAAUUCAUCCAGAUUUAUAUAUUUUUUUAUAAUGUAAUUACAUUACAAUUUAUUAAUUUACAAUACAAUACAACACAAUAAAAUAAUAAUCUUCAUAAAAAUACCUAAUACUUAAAAAUACCCACUAUAAACUUAAACAUAAAAAAACUAAAUCUAAACUUACCCAUAAUUAAUACUUACCUAAUUAAAUAGUUUAACUUGUUACUAGGAAUAGAUUAAAAUGUGUUUUGAUAGACUUGUAAUAGGAAAAAAGUUACCUAAUUUCUGUUCAUUCAGACGUAACUUAUGUACACUUGACAUUGUGUACGGUUUCAACUGUAGAUAACUGAAUGUCUACCAAAUUAAACCAGUUUGACAGUACUGGCUUCCCUCGAAUGCGGCU